AAAGAAAUGCAAGAUGUUCAAAAUGCUUUACAAUGUUACUCUAGAGCCAUUCAAAUAAAUCCAGCUUUUGCUGAUGCACAUAGUAAUUUAGCAUCUAUUCACAAAGAUUCUGGAAAUAUACCUGAAGCUAUAGCUUCUUAUAGAACUGCAUUGCGAUUGAAACCUGAUUUUCCAGAUGCAUACUGCAAUUUAGCUCAUUGCUUACAAAUUGUUUGUGAUUGGACUGAUUAUGAAGCUCGAAUGAAGAAAUUAGUUAACAUUGUGGCUGAACAAUUGGAAAAAAAUCGUUUACCUUCUGUACAUCCUCAUCAUUCUAUGUUGUAUCCACUAUCACACUCAUUUCGUAAAGCAAUUGCUGGACGACAUGCUGCUUUGUGUUUGGAAAAAAUUCAAGUUUUGCAUAAGCCAUCAUAUAAAUAUGUGAAAGAAUUAGCGCCUGGAAACAGAUUACGUAUUGGUUAUGUGUCUUCAGAUUUUGGUAAUCAUCCAACAUCACACUUGAUGCAAUCAAUACCUGGACUUCAUAAUAGAGAUACAGUAGAAAUAUUUUGCUAUGCCUUAUCACCAGAUGAUAACACUACUUUCAGAUCAAAAAUUGCUAGAGAAUCUGAGCAUUUUAUUGACCUUUCCCAUAUUCCAUGUAAUGGUAAAGCAGCUGAUAAAAUUAAUAGUGAUGGUAUUCAUAUUUUAGUAAAUAUGAAUGGUUACACUAAAGGAGCAAGAAAUGAAAUAUUUGCUUUACGUCCAGCUCCUAUACAGGUGAGAAAUAAAUUUUGUUAAAAUAGUCCUUAAAAA